GAAGCAUUAGCCUUACCUGUCAUUUCACGAACAUGAAGAUGAUGCUGCGUUUAGCUGUGUGUGUUGCAGGAGUCGUACUUCUCAACAUAUCAGGCUCACUCUGCCAGUUAGAUGUGUGCGGCCGAGCACCACUCAAACCCAGGAUUGUUGGUGGGCAAAAUGCUGUUGCAGGCUCUUGGCCCUGGCAAGUGACCAUUCAUUAUAUUCCAACUGGAGGUCUUAUAUGUGGUGGUACUCUAAUCAAUCGUGAAUGGGUUUUGUCUGCAGCUCAGUGCUUCAAAGGAUUCACAGCAUCGACCUUAGUAGUCCACCUGGGACAUUUGAAACUAGGAGACCCAAAUGUAAUAUACGUUCCAGGAUCUCAAAUCAUCAACCACCCUAACUAUGACUCAAAUAAGAACAAGAAUGACAUAGCAUUGCUCAAGCUUUCCUCUCCUGUGAAUUUCAAUGAUUAUGUCAGACCAGUCUGUCUUACAGCUUCUGGCAGUUCAAUUGGUAAAGGUGCUGUGAGCUGGAUCACUGGAUUUGGGACAACUAAUACUGGAGGCACUCAGUUUCCAAUCACCCUGCAGGAGGCGAAGAUCCCAGUUGUCAGCAACAGUGACUGUAAAUCUGCCUAUGGAAGUUUAAUUACAGACGGCAUGAUUUGCGCUGGACCGAACGAGGGAGGGAAAGGCAUAUGUAUAGGAGACGGUGGCGGUCCACUGAUUCACAACAGCUCUGAUCAGUGGAUCCAGUCUGGCAUUGCGAGUUUUGGUCGAGGCUGCGCACAACCCAAAAACCCUGGCGUUUUCACCCGGGUGUCUGAAUACGAGUCUUGGAUCAAGUCUCAAAUCAGCAAAGACCAGCCUGGAUUUAUCAAACUUAAAGCCAGUGCCAGCUCAGCCAGCUUCUCUGUGUUUUUAAUUGCACUCAUUCCUCUCAUCCACUCUCUGUUUAGUUAAAGAUUUAGCCCUUGGAGUAAUCAAUGGUGAUAAAUAAGCAGUUUUCAUUUUUUACAUUUCAAAUGUAUUUGCCAUCAAUGGAAAUAUGAAGAAAAAUUGUAGGUCAGACUUUAUUUUGAUGGUCCAUUUGUUGAAUUUAAGUUACUUUGCAUCUACAUGCCAACUAGUUUUCAUUAGAUUAUAAGUAGACUGUAAAGUUGAGGUUAGGGUUAGUGUAAGCUGACAUGUGCUUGCAGAGUUUCUUAUAGUCAGUUAAAUGUCUGUUGAAGGAGCAGUAUCAACAGAUAUUAAGCAGACAGUCUCCUGAUCUAAUACUCGAAUGGACCAUCAAAAUAAAGUGUUACAAAAUUGUAUAACAUAUUAUACUGAAGCAUGUUUUGAAGAUCAGGUUCAGAGAUUUCCACCUUUAUUUAUUAGAAUAUACAUGUUUAUGUGUAUUAUCUAUAGAUAAAAGGCAGCAGAAGAGCUUAAAAGUGACUGAGCUGUAUUCAUAUUUCGCAUUAAAAUAUUCAAAUUUAAA